ACGCGAAAAGUCGCCACGGAGUUUGAGAAGGAAGGGUUCGCGCCAGCUCAGUCGGAAACCAUCACCAAAAUUAUGUCAUCAGCCCUCCAAGCUGGUUUUAGCCAGAUCUCAUCGCAGCUUGUGGCGAAGGACCUGUUCGACACUGUGGUGGCGAAGCACAUGUCAAGCUUCGCCAGCGUGAAGCACGACAUUAUCACGCGCGAUAACAUCGACUUCAAGGCGAUCACACAGCAACAGUCAAACUUGAAGUUUGAAAUAGAGACGUUGAAGAACGAUAUCCGGUUCAAGAUUGCCGAAAAUGCCAACAAGGUGCGUGCCGACUUAGCGCUAGAGAAGGGGAGGGUAAAGCAAGAGGGGACCACGCACACGCGACAGAUUCAGAACGCGUAUAACUUGAUCGACCAGGAAGUGACUGAUAUGAAGGCUGAGAUUGGAAACGUCAGAACGGUGGUAACCCAGUGGUUGAUCGGUACACUCUGUGCUGCCAUCGCCUUGGGCUUUGCCUAUCUCCGUCUU